AUAUGUUUCCAUAUUUGUUUUAAAAAUAGUGAUGUAAGCUGAAUAAGUAAAAUGCUUAUAAAAAACAUAACCUAGUCACCUUUAUGGUAUAUUGUACAUGGUUGUUGCUUCUGGUAUAUCAGUGCAAAGGAGGAGAAAUGAAACUAGUUCAAGAUGAUCAGAUGAAGUCCAAUGUGCUCCAGAUCCAAUCAAAAAACGUGAACGCCUGUUGUAUAACCUGUCCGGUGAAUCCUAAAGAUUCGAUGGGUAUUCGGCUACCGUUCGUGACAUUAAUAGUGAAAAACCUCGGUCAAUUUUUUACAUUCGAGAUCACAAUUUUGGACAGCGAAAACAUUCGCCGGCGUUUACGUAUGAGCAGUUACCAUGUGAAAAAAAAGUUGAGCACGUUCAUGGUCACGAUGCCGGUUUCUAUGGACAUGGGUUGGAACCAACUGCAAAUGAACUUGGCCAAGUUCACAAUCACCAGCUUUAGUACGACCUACGUGGAGACAGUCUGCGUUAAAGUGCACGCCAACUGCCGGCUGAGGAGAAUAUAUUUUAGUGACCAGCUGUACAAUGAAGAUCAGCUUCCGAAGUCGUACAGGAUGCAUAGGACCAUGGAUAUGCUGGAAAAACCUAACUACAUACUGAGAAAAAAGGUGGUCAAAGUUGACAAAAAAUCGACAGCCGACCCGGAAAAAACUAAACAGCUAGUUAGCUAAUAACCAAUUAAAUUGUUACUUUUACAAUUUUAUAAAUAGUUGGCUUAACAAUAUUUCAUGGUUGGAGCAGCCAACAAUUAUAGUUAACAUAU